UUCGGGUUUUCACUGGAGUGGACAUUCCAGACUCAGGUUUCUGCAUCUCCUGCUGCCUUUUGUUUCCUCCGUCCUUUUUGGGGGGAGGGAUAGGACUGACUUAAAUUCUCCCUGCCCGAGGAGAUAUAAAUAACUCCAUGUAAAAUUAAUGCAGUUCCCGUUGCUGAAAUGUCCACAGAAGGAGGGUUUGGUGGUACUGGCAGCAGUGAUGCCCAGCAAAGCCUCCAGUCCUUCUGGCCUCGGGUCAUGGAAGAAAUCCGGAAUUUAACAGUGAAAGAUUUCCGAGUACAGGAACUACCACUAGCUCGUAUUAAGAAGAUUAUGAAACUGGAUGAAGAUGUAAAGAUGAUCAGUGCAGAAGCCCCUGUGCUCUUUGCCAAGGCAGCCCAGAUUUUUAUCACGGAGCUGACUCUUCGAGCCUGGAUCCACACGGAGGAUAACAAGCGCCGUACUCUCCAGAGAAAUGAUAUCGCCAUGGCAAUUACAAAAUUUGAUCAGUUUGACUUUCUCAUCGAUAUUGUUCCAAGAGAUGAACUGAAACCUCCAAAACGUCAGGAGGAGGUGCGUCAGUCUGUGACUCCUGCCGAGCCUGUCCAGUACUACUUCACGCUGGCUCAGCAGCCCACUGCUGUCCAAGUCCAGGGGCAACAGCAAGGCCAGCAGACCACCAGCUCCACGACCACCAUCCAGCCUGGGCAGAUCAUCAUUGCACAGCCUCAGCAGGGCCAGACCACACCUGUGACGAUGCAGGUUGGAGAAGGUCAGCAAGUGCAGAUUGUGCAGGCCCAGCCUCAGGGACAAGCACAGCAGGCCCAGAGUGGCACUGGACAGACUAUGCAGGUGAUGCAGCAGAUCAUCACAAACACAGGAGAGAUCCAGCAGAUCCCGGUGCAGCUGAAUGCCGGCCAGCUGCAGUAUAUCCGUUUAGCCCAGCCUGUAUCAGGCACCCAAGUUGUACAGGGACAGAUUCAGACACUUGCCACCAAUGCCCAACAGAUCACGCAGACAGAAGUCCAGCAAGGACAGCAGCAGUUCAGCCAGUUCACAGAUGGACAGCAACUCUACCAGAUCCAGCAAGUCACCAUGCCUGCGGGCCAGGACCUCACCCAGCCCAUGUUCAUCCAGUCAGCCAACCAACCCUCCGAUGGGCAGGCUCCCCAGGUGACCGGAGACUGAGGGUCUGAGCUGGCAAAGGCCAAGGAUACCCAACACAGUUUUUGCCAUACAGCCCCAGGCAAUGGGCGCCUCCUCCCUCCUCAGAGGAACCAGCAACCUCAGCGCCUCCUGCGGGCUAGGACACUGGUGCACUAUACCCUGUGCCUGGGGGCCAAGAUUGUACCACAAAAAGAUGCAAUAUUUUUUAUUUACUUUUUUCCAUUCUUUUCUCCAAGGAAUCGAUAUUUCAAUAUGUUGAGCUGUGUGUCCACCUCUAUGAAAUGAGAAUAUUAAAUAACAUAUUUAUGGAAUUUUCUUGAAGUGUGUGGGUGAGGAAAUACUUCAACUUCUGGUUUUGUUUUUGGUUCUCACCACUACAUGUUUUUAGGAGCAAGUCUUCAUCUUCUUUCCUAGGGGUGCACAGGGUUUUCUGACUCAGACCAGCUGCUCCCUGCGAUUUGCCAUCUUGUCUGCCUCAGACCCAGUUAGGAGGAGGUGUGUUGCUCCUCUCCAUCCCUCUCCCCAGAGCUCUGUGCAUUCAGAGGCUGCAGGAUCGUUCCUUGAGUGUAAAAGAACAAUUCUUUCCUGAAGGGGGGUCAUUCCAGCCCUUCUCUCCCAGGGAUCUAAGGAGACUAGGAAUUUGUGCUGCCUCCCUUAUUUUAUUUUUUAAAUGCAUUAAAAAUUGUGCUAGUCUCCUUUGCAGCAUGGACUUCAAACUGCAUGAAAUGCAAUAAAUCUUGUUUUAGAUA